UAAUAGAAUUUAUAUUUUAAGACAUGCCAAAAGAAAACUUUUAUUACAGUUAAUAAGUGCCUCGAUAUCUUAUUUUACCGUUCUUUAUUCAAUGCAAAAUUGAAAGCAAGAUUUCAGAGGGAAGUAUAUUAUAGCUGAAGAACGGAACUAUAGGAAUGUGUACAUUUACAAAAACUAAAAACUCAAGCAUGCUGAAUCAAGAUAAUCUUAAUCAUAAAUAAUAUUAAUGCUUGCAGCAUUUUAUUUCUUGGUAGAUAUUAUAGCUUAAGUAACCAACAUUUCUCUCUCAAUAGUUCUUCUUCUUCUGCAGCAUAAGUCGUCAAUUCAAAUCACGAACAUACACGCAGAGACGCUUUUAUAUUGAUGCUAGUGCAUCGAUAAAAUUGAUAAAAUUAUUACCUCAUACACAUCUUGACAACAACAAAAAUUAUUUAUCAAAUUAUUUUAUUAGCAAUACUUCUAUAAAGACUUGUUCUCUGAUAAUCUUUAUAUAAUUUUGUGUAUAUAACAUCUCUUAUCUUUAUUGUAAUUAACAAUCAGGAAAAAAAGAACAAGAAUACAUUAUACCAAUAUCCUGAGAAAAAUGAACAAAGUAUCCUGAAAAAGUUUAUGACUAUAAUAUAUUUAAUAUUGAUUUGUAUGUUACCAGCAACAAUGGCGUGUACCAUCGAUUGGAUGGAUGCCCGCCUAGAACAAGUGUAUCGUACGAGUGCACGCAGUAGACUGAAAAUGCGAAGUAAGAAAGACGCAAUUGCGCUUGCGCGCUCAAGAACUCGUUCCAUAAAUGUCUUUUCUGGGAAAGUAAUAUCCGCUGAAUUUCUUUUAACACAAGUAAAUGCUAUUAACUAAAAGAAGGGGAGAUGAUAGAUCUAAGCUGAAUUUCACAGUUAAAUCCUGAUAUUCAUAGAGACAUGAUAUACAUACAAGCACAUUUCAAUCUCGCUCGGAUUCUCAUGCUUGCGAUUGGUUUGUGGCCUUAUCAGCAAACAAAACUUGUACAACUUCAGUUAAUUUUGGUUUCGUGUAUCCUGACGAGCUUUGUUGUGUUCCAGUUUACCACAUUUCUGACUACAGAAUGCUCUCCUAACCUUGUUAUUAAAAUUCUCACUUGCUCAUUAUUUGGUGGUUCACCUAUAAUCAUACAUAACUCGUUUUGGCUUAAUAUGCAUACCGUGAAAUAUUCAUUUGAACAACUUCAGGAUAUUUGUAAUGAGCUAAAAGAUGAGGGCGAAAUUGCUAUCAUAAAAAGAUACGGGAACGAUUCGAAACGUUAUACACUUCUACUUUUCUUGUGUGCCACAUGCGGUAUAGUUUUCUAUAGUUUUCUGCCACUUUGGCCGCAGAUACUUAGUACUGUCCUCCCCAUUAAUGUGUCUCAAACACAACGUAUAAUGCUUAUUAUGACUGAGUACUUCGUUGACCAAGAAAGAUAUUUCUAUUUACUUCUGCUGCAUAUAAAUACGGCUACUUACAUUGGGUUGAUAGUAGCAAUAGCAACGGGAACAGUGCUACUUGGAUGUAUCAUACAUGCAUGUGGACUGUUUAGUAUUGCUAGUUAUCGUAUUAAACAGGCAAUGACAAUCAUUAUGAUGAAAAAUGCUAAUCAAGAGAAUCAGAUCCUAAUGUACAGGAAAAUAGUUUGUGCUGUAAACAUGCAUUGCAAAGCUAUGAACUUCUUAGAAGUGUUAAUGUCCGCAUUUCAAGGAAUGUUCUUUCUUAUGAUAGUGAUAACUGUAAUUAUUGGGAGUCUUAGUCUUUACGGAAUUACAUCAUGUAGAGAUAACAUCUCGGAAUUUUGUUUAUAUCUUACAUGCAUCAGUACUACUGUCGUGUACAUAUUCGCAGGCAACUAUUUGGCACAAGAUAUUAUGGAUCACAGCAAUGAUAUAUUUGUGACAGUAUACGACUCCCAAUGGUACAUGGCAUCAUUACGUGUACAGAAAAUGAUGCUGUUCAUGCUACAAAGAGGCACAAAAGUUUUCUGCGUGAAUAUUGGUGGAUUAUUUGUGGGAUCUCUACAGAGCGCAGCCACGUUAAUAAGUGCCUCGAUAUCUUAUUUUACCGUUCUUUAUUCUGUGCAAAAGUGAAAGCAAGAUUUCAAAGGGAAAUAUAGCUGAAGAACGGAACUAUAGGAAUGUGUACAUUUACAAAAAAUAAAGAAUCAAGCAUACUGAAUCAAGAUAAUCUUAAUCAUAAAUAAUAUAAAAAAUAAAUAAUGAUUUAAGCAUUUUGUUUAUUUGAUGGAUAUUAUAGCUUAAGUAACCAACAUUUCUCUCGCAAUAGUUUGUUCUACUUCUGCAGCAUAAUCCAUUCAAAUCACGAACAGACAUGCAGAGACGCUUUUAUAUUGAUGCUAGUACAUUGAUAAAAUUGAGGAAAAUUAUUACCUCAUAAACAUCUUGACAACAACAAAAAUUAUUUAUCAAAUUAUUUUAUUAGCAAUACUUCUAUAAAGACUUGUUCUCUGAUAAAUUUUAUAUAAUUUUGUGUAUUUAACUAAUAUCCCUUAUCUUUAUUGUAAUUAACAAUCAAGAAAAAAUGAAGAAGAAUACUAUUAUACCAAUAUUCUGAGAAAAAUGAAUAAAUUAUUCUGAAAACUUUUAUGACUAUAAUAUAUUUAAUAUUGGUAAGUUGAUACGUGCUUUAGUGUAAUAUACUUUGUAUCUCAAUCAAACAUCACAAACAUAAUAUUGAACUGCAUUUUACAGAUUUGUAUGUUACCAGCAACAAUGGCGUGUAAAAUCGAUCGGAUGGAUGCCCGCUAAGACGAUGUGUAUCGUACGAGUGCACGCAGUAGACUGAAAAUGCGAAGUAAGAACGACGCAAUUGCGCUUGCGCGCUCAAGAACUCGUUCCAUGAAUGUCUUUCCUAUGAAAUUAUAUAAUAUCCGUUGAAUUUCUUUUAACGCUUAAAGUGAACGAUGAAUUGUCAACCUAUCAUCCGUGAAAUUAUUAAAUUGCGAAUGUUUAAAAUGUUACAGUAAUACUCUACAUUUAAGAGACUUCAUGUUUUGCAAUGCGUUUAUGUUAUAAGUAAUCUAUAUUAAAAUAUAACAGAAUUAAAUGUUGUUAACUAAAAGAAGGGGAGAUGCAGGAUCUAAACUGAAUUUCACAGUUAAAUGCAUCUCGAUAUUCGUAGAGAUAUGAUCUACAUACAAGCACAUUUCAAUCUCGCCCGGAUUCUCAUGCUUGCGAUUGGUUUGUGGCCUUAUCAGCAAACAAAACUUGUUCAAGUUCAGUUAAUUUUGAUUUCGAGUAUCCUGUCGAGCUUUAUUGUGUUCCAGGUACCAAUAUUAUCAAUUAUUGUAUGCAAUAUAUAUAAAUCGUUUUACACAUCCAAUUAGUACUUAAUAUCUAAUUUAUAUAUUUUUAUCAUAUUUUAUAUAUCAUAUUUUAUAUUCUCAACACAUAUCUUACUAUUAUAUAUCUAUAUAAUAUAUCGUACCAUAAUUAUAAACGUAAAUUGUAAAAGGGAUUUAAAAAUUAUCACGCUGUUUCGUACAGAUAAA